AUGGCUAUCGUAGAGCUCAUUCUGCCAGAGCUCAAGCCUGAUCAGGCCUCCCUCGAAGAGCUUGUGCGAAACUGGCCUCAGUCCAUGGCAAAGCUGACCAAUCCCAACCCGGGAUUCUUGCAUGCCUUCCAUGGCUGGGUCCUGACUGAAGACGGACGCAAUGUACGAGAUGAGAACAGAAAAAUCAUUCUGUUCGAGUGGGACAAAUUGGAAUCUUUCACUGCGUUCAUCAAAACAUCCAGAGUCAGGGAUUUUGCCAAGUCAGUCGGGCAUCUCUUUACCGGUCCACCAAUACCACAGGUCUUCCAGACCAACAUCAGUACUGAAGAUGCUGCUCGAGCCUUGAGCCUCGACAUUUUCCGUCUGCAAGUACAGAGCCUGGAAGCUGCUGCAUCUGCAAUUCGCAUCUGGGAAGGCAUAUCUUCGCAUUUGAAGAAGCAACACGGAGAGGAUGUCAUUGUUUCCUAUGGCAGGAGUCAGAAUCUAGAAGAUGAGCUUGUCGUGGGUUUCAUCGCUUGGCAAAGACCAGAGAGCGCUGUAUCUCAGGAUGCCAAACUUGAUGCCAUGUGGACCCAGCUGAGGAGCGCAGGUGAGCUCUCGUGCAUCAAUGUGAGCCUGGAGGAGAUGAGCAUUCCUCCUGUGGGCUCGACUGCCGUCGAACCAUGA